AUGAAGGCAAACAACCGCAGCGACUUAUCACCUCCACCGCCAUUGGCGAGUACCAACAUCGGCUCUUCGAGCACGUCCUUAAACGAAAUGGAACAAGAGUGCAAUUUGAUUUUCCCAGACGGUGGCUGGCCUGCAUGGGGCGUUGUUAUUGGCUCCUGGUGUGCGAUGGUGCCGUCUUUUGGGCUUAUGAAUUCGAUUGGUGUGUUUGAGGCUUGGCUGGCAGAUCAUCAGUUAAAAGACUAUUCGAAAGCUUCCAUAGGCUGGAUAUUUAGUCUUUACGUAUUUUUCCUUUAUUUUGGAAGUAUCCAAGUUGGGCCUAUUUUUGACGCGCAUGGGCUAAAGCCUUUACUGAUUCCUGGAUGUGUCGGACUAGUUGGAUCAUUGAUGGUCUUCAGCGUGGCAGAAGAAUAUUAUCAAUUCAUGCUGGGGUUCAGUGUUCUUGGCGGUAUUUCAUCGUCUAUGGUUUUCACCCCUAGCGUAGGUUGCAUAGCUCAUUGGUUUCUUCGGCGUCGCGCUCUGGCUACGGGAGUAGCAGCGACUGCUGGAGGAAUCGGAGGUAUUAUCUUUCCUGUUUUGGUCUCUAAUCUCGCUGGGAGCCUAGGCUUCCCAUGGGCCAUUCGAAUCGUUGGCUUUAUAAGUGUUAUGUUCUGUGCGCUCUCCGUGGCACUUCUGAGGACUAGAGCACCCUUGUUAAAUCCGAUACAGAAAGGGAAGAUGGAUAUCAAAUCUUUGAGUGAGCUCCGCUUCUCAUUGUUGACGGCUGCCAUCGUUUUAAUCGAUUUCGCUCUACUGAUUCCAGUGACUUAUUUACCCUCCUAUGCUCAAUCUCGCGGCCUGGGUGAUUCUCUUGCAUACAACCUAUCAUCUAUUUUGAACGCAGCGUCUAUUUUUGGACGGAUUGUCCCUGGAUAUUUCGCUGACCGAUUUGGGUGCUUCAAUGUGAUGAUUAUUACAGCAUUUGCCUGUUCAGUGAUUACUUUCGCGCUCUGGCUUCCAUCCCAGUCCAAUCACACGGCCAUAUUGGCGUACGCGGUGCUUUUCGGAUUUUGGAGUGGCUCUGCAAUCAGCCUCUCCCCUGUUUGUGUUGCGCAAAUAUCCAAAACCGAUGAAUUUGGAAAGCGCUAUGGUACAACCUAUUUUCUGGUCAGUUUAGGCACACUUAUUGCCAUUCCAAUUGCCGGCGAACUUUUAAAGGUCCAGCCACCAAAUGAGGGAUUGGAUAAUUAUUUUGGUUUAAUUGUUCUUUGCGGACUGGUUUAUUCUUGUGCAUGCCUUUUUUUUAUUUUAUCUAGAGCCGUGAGCGUUGGUUGGGGAUUCAAAGUUUUCUAG